AUGAGAAUAGAAAAAGAUUCUACCUGUACCAACUGUUGGGAACAGGAGGAAACAUCAUCGCACAUUCUAGAAAAGAGCGUUGAAGAAUCUAACACCGACAAAGCUGGGCAAGACGUGACGCCACUGAAUUUGGACUUUGGUGAAGAGAAACGGCGAUCUACGACUGUUAAUUCGAUCACAGCCCAAUCGAUGCCGCCUAGCAGCCAUCGUCAGACAACGCCUGUCGCCAUAUCGGCCGCCUCCAGUGGGUGGUGGCCCAUCACGUCGCCUCAGCAGCUGUAUCAAGUAGUACCAGUUAUUGUACGAAUAGUCCUGGUCUGCCUCAUAUCGCUGCUAUCUAUGGGCAGCAUCGAGGAGCGAUUACCCAAGAUGACCUUUUGGUCCCCUUGGAUGCGAUGA